CUUGUGUCUGUCCACGCCAUGCAGUUUACACACAAGCAGCAAGGUCCCACAUCCUGGUACUUUUCAACGUUGUCAAGGCAGGCAUCGAUAGAGAGAAAGGCUGGCUCGAGGGAAGUAACUGCUGUGUCCUGAUAGUAUAUCUGUCCCGGAAAGUUAGGUGUAACUACCAGGACCGUCUGUUAAUGUCAAGAUGUGGCGGGUGACCACCAGAGAUGGGAGACAGACAUAACAAGACCUAUAGGAUGUUACUCAAUAGCAUACGACAAUGUAGGCUAAAGGCUGACGGCAUCCAUAUCAGGUGAACUUUGGACGAAGGAGAGUGGGAUGAGUGAAGAUUCUGCAGCCAGCACAGUUUGGUGAAGAGCACGAGAGGUGACCAAUCAGCAACUAGCAUGCCAACCACCAAGGGAACUGGAGGGGCUGGCAGCCCACGGGGUCAGCGCUACCGUCCAGCCUCAGAGUUCGACGAUGCCACACUCGCCCAAAAGAGAGAGUACUGGAAGACCAAGAAACGAGAGCAGAGGGCCAAGCUGUCAGAGGUCAAGAGGGCAAAAGAUACAAACAGAGUGUGUAACUCCUUGGGCAGAAAUGCAGUCCAUAAGACCCUAACCUCUAUGGUGUUGAAUCCCAGUGCCUCUUGUUCAAUGGCAGGGUCUGCCCCCACUUUGUUGAAUAGCGACGGUUCCUACCAAACCAAUGUCGGUGGUGCACCUGUAGUUUUAUUAAAGGAACAGGGUUCUGCUGUCUCCUAUCAUCUGAACCAUAGUGUUGGGGAAGAGGACCAAAACUCUUCCUCAGCUAACCAAAAGGAGAGGUGGUUCCAGAGGAUAAAACUUGACAAAGUCUUGCCUCAGUUCCCAACGUCCAGUGCAGGUCCAGGAGAAGGUGCGAUGGUCUGCAAGAUGGCGGUGAAAAGUUCCCCAACAGGGGGCACUGUGAUCGGACCGGUUACCUCAGCCAAACCCAACGGAGUGCUGCUAAACAGUGGCUCCUCCUUGCCUCUGGGAAGAGUGGCAGUGAGACCCUCAGGUUCUGCACCUCGCCAACCACAGAGCGGAAUGACUAUUCUGAAUGGCAGCUCUCCUGUAGUGUCAACACAGAAGCAUCUGGCCACCCAGAGUGUAUCAAGGCCUGAUCCGUUAACUGAGACGCAAGUUACAGUGCGUGUUCAGCCUGGACCGCUAACUGCUAACAUUACCUCAGGGUUGCCCAUCGUGACCAAUCAGCCUGCCCCUGUCCUCAUUCACAAACCAGAGGGUAGGCCUAUAGGGAUGAAAGUAACACAACUAGGUGGGACAAAGUGUGUCCCGGUCACAGCCCAAGAAGUUAGUUGUAUCAACGACAUAUCAGCUACACUGGAGACUGAGGAGGACAAAGCCGCCAAGCGCAGAGAGAAUUGGCGCAUCAAGAAGCGAGAACAGAGAGCGAAGCAGGCGGUUAGGUUAACGAAGGCUAGAGAGAGAAUCACGAAUAUGGAGAUAACGUUGCAAAAAGCUGGAAUGUUACCCAACGUGGUCAUUGAACGUCCUCCGUCUGCUUUGAGUGGACAGGGCCAUAGGCAGUGUGUUAACAGAGUCAGGGUCCCGUUCAUCUCAGCUGGACGCCUGCUGAAGAACGCCAGAGCAGUGGCUAGCGUUGUAGUCAAAAGGGAGUCUGAGGAUUCAGCCCUGGCUAAGCUAACUGCAGUAAACGCUAAUCAACAGACUGUCCAGGUAAAAGUAGAGAAUCCGCAGGACACUGAACCAACAAUGCAGACUGGCAUGGCAUCGAAUGUCAUUGGUUUUAAACCAGCAGGGGAACCAAGCAGAAGGCUCCCAGGUCCAGGGCAGUUUGCCAACACUAGCCAAGGUAUGGUCCGUUGUAGGACUCCGAGACAGAGGUUCAUUGAAACCCAAAGGAAUUUCCUGGGUCAGAGAAACAUGAGGAAGUCCCCCUGUCAUGCUACAGCCUUCAAAACCCGCAACGCACUCCGAGAGGACCCAACGGAGACCCCCGAGCAGAGGGUGGCCCGGAAGCGGGAAUACUGGCGUGUCAAAAAGCGGGAACAGCGAGCUAAGCUGUCAGUGGAAGUCCGAGCUAAGAUGAAGGAGAAGGAUGCUCUGAUGCGAAGAGUCAACCGGUACCAGAGCAUAUUGGAGGAUAUGAGGAAGGCGAGAGCGGCGGGCUGCAACACACUGCCACAACCAACAGGAAAUGGGCCUACCCACACCAGCGCCUCAGAGACCAUCGGAGGGUUCAUCAAGGAGGAUGGUACAUUGACCAAUACCAUUCCCCAAAUGUAUCUCAUCACAGAAGCAAAAGAGACGGGGGAUGAAAUUGGUGGCAUCGGUGGGAUGCCUGUUAAUAAUUCAUUUACCAACACAAAUAUCCACCGCCAACACCAACUGCUUCCCAAACCCACUGGUGAUACAUCUAGUAAUGUGGUACAUCAAAUACGGGUCAAACCACCACCUCUAAUCCGUCCUGCUCAAGUUAAUGUCUCCUGUCCUCCCAUCGGCCUAUCAAUCAGAAAGCCUCCCAGGUUAGUUUCAGGCAGCACCCCGAAAAACCUCUCUAAUCCACACACAGUCGUCCAGCCCCAGAGUCGUAUCACCCUCACACACCCUCAAAACAUUCAAAACACCUUUCCUGGUUUGCCUACAGCGAUACCGAAGCCGGCUAGCUGGGUCAUGCAGAUGGCUGUCAAAGCUUCUACAGAAUCAGCAGCGCUCAACUUGGACCCAAAUCUAACAGAGGACGAAAAGAUGGUUAAGAAGAGAGAGUACUGGAGGGUAAAGAAACGAGAGCAGAGGGCGGCCCGCGCCACCCGCCUAAGGCAAGGAGUUCAAGCUAGGGGAAAGACUGCCUCACAGAAGAGGCGGAACCAAAGGUUAGCACGAUUAGCCGUCGCCAUUCCCAAUGUCAACAACACACUGACUAUCAAGCCUCUCUCAAACACCAGUGUGUCCACGUCUCCACAGGGAGACCAAAUCAAACAAGAGAGAGGAUCAACCUCAACAGACGCUCCAUGUCCUCUACUGGAACAACCCCUCUGUGUUGAUAUCAAACCGCCCCGGUGUUCACCGCCACCACAGACCGAGCCACCAGACCCAGCCUUGAGUGCUGACAGCCAGGCCACCACUCUCUUGGUGGUGGCUUCUAUGAAGAAGCUGCUGGAGGAAUCGCUCAGCACUGUGGCUGACUGGAAAACGGAACAGCCAGACUGUAUUACAGAACAGCUGCCUUGUAAAAGUGAUCCUCAGACAUGUUCCUACAAGGAUGCUUCUGUCCAGAUGGAGGUCAAGCCAAAUCUACCUCUGCUCACCCUGGAAGAGGAGGAGAAGGUCUCCCUAUCUGGUGACCUAUCGUUGGAGGUCAAAGGAUGGCAGGUGGACGCUGACGCCCUGCCAUCCUGCCAGGUAACCAUUUGUCCAUUGAGCCCUCAUCCUAAGGACUCUUCCCUGUCAAGUCCUUGCACUGAAAGUCUGUCUUUCCCAGCUCCCCCUCCCUCCGAACCCCCCUCUCACACACCCACACACUCUUGGUCCCACACAGCAGCUUCCGUAGGACCACCUCUCCCUCGCAGAGCCCAGAGGCUGCGUGCCAAAAAAGCAGGACACCACCACUGCUGCUCCCCAGAACCCCCGAAGCUACACCAUCAGCCUCAACAACAACAACAACCACCUCAUCAACAACAUGAAAAUCAACAUCAACAACCACCUCAUCAACAACAUCAAAAUCAACAGCAACAUCAGCACGCACCAGCGGUGACAGGCCAGAAUGUGACUCUGGAGAAGAAGAGGGAGUACUGGAGGAUGAUGAAGAGGCAGCAGAGAGCUAGGACGUCCAGGCAGGGAGGAGGGGGGCUGAGACGGGGGGACUACGGCAGACGACUGGCCCUCAAAGCAGCACAGGUUUCGAAUCUCCUCAUUGUGAAGACACACACACAGAGGCCAGUGCAGAGAAGCGGAAGCUUCAGUCUACACACAGCACCAUUGCUCAAACUGCAGUCCUCCCCACUUCUCCAGCCUAUAUCUCCCCAGCCUAUAUCUCCCCCUGCUUCUGGACCCAAGGCUAGCCUCAGCAUGGUCACCAACAUCCCUACACUUCUGGUUGUAGACCCCACCACCUCCAACAUGGGACAGCCAUAUGAUACAACACAGCUCAACCCUCCUGUCAACUGUACCAGUAUCUCCAAUUCACCCAUUGGUCAAACAGGGUCCCCACAGACAUCUGAUAGCUUAAGUACCGUGUCUCUCCCUAUAGGAGGUGGUGUCACUGUCCCCCCAUUGAGUGAACGGAAGAAAGACGGGCUGCUAUUGGUGGAGAACCAACAGGAAGCGGCCCCAGGAUCCAGCGCUGACUCGCCCCGCGUUCUAAAAUGGAGACUGCGAGUGCAGGAAACCUCAGACACCGAUACCUCACCCAUCGCUACUCUCACACCUCCGCCCAACCCUUUGACUAGCAUAAAACUCUUACCCAUUCAGCCUCCCAGUCAAACAUCCUCUUUCACCCCAACACAGACUCCUUUCAAAUAUCAAGGUGCUCAGAUUUCUCAAAGUGGGAAUGUACAAAAUGUACGAUCGCCUACAUUGCAGGGGCCCACCAAAAGCCCUAUCUACAUAAGCCCAAUGGGUCCGCCCAAGCCAGUGCCGGGGGAGUCGGAAGAGGAGACUCUGAGGAAGAAGAGGGAGUACUGGAGGGUGAGGAAGAAGGAGCAGAGAGCCAGGAAAGCAAUGAGAGAUGGGGAGAUGACAGAGAAGAGGCCCUCGGUCAACUGGCAGCCCAUCAUCCCUAACACUCAUCAUCCUCAACAGCUGCUUGAGGAGAUGGAGACACAGGAACAGGAUCCUGACCGGUGGUGCAACACCUCCGAGGACUCUGAACUACUUCUGAGUACUUCCACAGAGACAGACAUGGGCUACUUUCCUGACUUUGGCCAAACUGAACCUUUAGAAGACGAAUCAGAGCUCCUUUUCCUACACGACGAUGUCGGCGACAACUACGACGGCGCCAUCUCGGAUGCUGUAUGGAGGAAUCGCUACCUCAUGGACUACGACCCGCUGAACCAGCUGCUGGUGUGCAUGGUGUGCGGGGAGCUCCAGUACUCCCACAGCCUGGAGGGGGUGAGGGCCCACAUCGACGAGGCCCACCCGGAUACCCUGAGCCUGGAGUCCCCGGAGCACCUUCGCAUCCUAGAGGCCUGGGACGAGCAAGUGUCAAGGAGAGAACGCUUCUUCACCAGCCAGCUGCAGCAGCACAGUGGGACAAUGGGAGGGGACAGUGCCAACCUCCCAGCAGAAGUAAUGGUUGAUACAGAGGACUCGUCAUACCCGACGAACAGCAAAAGCUCUAGAACGAUUAAAAGACUCUGAGCGCUAAGGUGAGCAUUUUAGCCUUCAUUACUGUACAUUUCAGACACCAUCCAUGUCUGUAUAUCAUAAUGUUGACCGUAGCUCUCUAUAUACCAUGGGGUGUAUUCUUAUCUGUUUUUACGACACGUUGUUUGACAAACUCGUACAUUGUCCUACCUACUUGUCCUAAUUUGCAGAAGCACAAAUAGCUCAAUUCCAGACAGCAUAAAACAAUAGAGGAAGUGAAAACAUUUCUGCUGUUUUUCUUUUGUGUAUUAUCUUUUCCGGAGCAGUUCCUCUACAAAGGAUGAACUAAACUUGGAACUAUAUAACUGUAUAGGGGACAUGGCAAGCGUUUACAUCAUUAACUUUGGGAUAGACCCACACAUAUACACACAAAUGUAUCUUCUUGCUGUUUUUUUUCCGUUUUUUUUACCCCUUUAUCUCCCCAAUUUCGUGGUAUCCAAUUGGUAGUUAGUCUUGUCCCAUCAACUCCCGUACGGACUUGGGAGAGGCGAAGGUCGAGAGCCGUGCGUCCUCCAAAACACAACCCAACCAAGCCACACUGCUUCUUUGACACAAUGCCCACUUAACCCGGAAGCCAUUUGCACCAAUGUGUCAGAGGAAACAGCGUGCAUGGUGCCCGGCCCGCCACAGGAGUCGCUAGUGCGCGAUGGGACAAGGAUAUCCUUGCCGGCCAAACCCUCCCCUAACCCGGAUGACACUGGGCCAAUUGUGCGCCGCCCCAGGGGUCUCCCGGUUACGGCCGGCUGUGACAGAGCCCGGACUCGAAACUGACGCAGAAACUCUAUUGGCACAGCUAGCACUGCGAUGCAGUGCCUUAGACCACUGCACCACUCGGGAGGCCUUCUUGCUGUUUUUGAUAGCGCCAUUUUGUAGUGAUCAUCAUUCACUACUACUACUACACCAUGUCUCCUGUGCCCUAAACCAAAAUAAUAUAGAAAUGAGGGAUGUCACUGGGCUCUAUAAUGUCAUUGUGCUUUAUAACAUACUAAAGCACAGUCAGGGCUCUCCCUCAGUCCACACCACUGGGUUAACUUAACAUCCCUAUUAUGUGUCCAUGACAAACAGGUCAGUGAUGUUCUUCAAUCUGAAUGAAUGUGUCCUUACUCCUCAAUGUAUCAGGAUCAAUAUGAUCCAGGGUUUUAAGGGUAAAUAGCAGACAUGUGAAUUUGACUUAGAGACCAUGCGUCCAUUGAAAUGGUCUACAGGUGAUCAAUUGUUCAAUGAUUGCUAUUGGUCUGUACAUACAGUACAUUUUAUAAUUUUACUUAAUGAUAUGUUUAUUUAAUAUUUCUCUCACAUACUAUCAGUUUUGUACUGUAUUAACAAUUUGUUAUUCAGGUCCAAGACCAUCAGUUUUAUUUCUUCCCUUUUCACAAGGGACAUCCUUGCAUGAGGGUAUUCUAAAUAUGUCCUAAAAAGUACUGGUAUAAAUAUGUUUCUUGCAGCAUACUGUAUCUACAAGACUGACUCUUCAAAAUACUUAUUUGACACACAAAACAACAUUGUUUUCAUAAAUCGUUGUUCUGGAAUAUAAAAAUGUUCUUCCUUUUAAUAAAUGUAAACAUUGUUUUUGUAAUGCUGAUUUGACAAAUGUAUUUCUGCACUGUAAAUACAACACAAAAUCGUUAUGUUUAAAGGGGUGGUGAAAUGUCAAAACCCUUUUAAUGUAUUAUUUGAUUGCCUAUCACUUAAUUGUUGCUCACGUUUUGUUUCUGAUCUGAUUUCAUAUUUCCUUGUCUAUUUAUACUGUAUACAUUAUUUUUAAUGCCUUUAUUUAGUCUGAACAAUCAGUCAGUGGCACAGAUAUAGAUUAUUACAUUUUUAUUUAAUUGUAUCCCUGAUUUUAACAAUCAAUUAUCGGCAUAUGUAUUUUGUAUUACUUUUUAAACAAACAAAAAAACAUGUAAGAUCCAUUGGCCUGCUGCUUGGAUGUUUAUAUACUUCCUAUAUGUAACAGAAAAUGUGUGGAAUGGACUUCCAUUUGUAUUGUUUUUGGUUCACCAAUAUGCUGACAAUAACGUCCUAUAGAGCACAAAGCUUUGGAAGUCAGUCUUCUGUUGUCUUAACAGACUGAAAAUGCAUUGAAAACAGAUUGUACUGUGAUUAACUUUUUCUUGUACAGCUGUAGCAAACUGUAAAUGUACAGGGGACACUGACCAAGCUGUAUGAUUAUACCUGUUGAGAAUGUACCUCUGAAUUGGUUCCUACCUUGUUUGUCUGUUUUAAAAGGGAAUGUUCGAAUGCCUUUUCGGUACUAAUAAACCCUUUUUCUAUCUUUUAAAA